AUGGGACAUUCGUUGGUCCAGCGUUACGGACUAUUUGCGGAUGCCCAACCUGAGUUGACACUACCCGAGAUGUGGCCCAUUAUCGCUAUUCUCCCCUCGCUCGCGAUGAUUCAAAUCGCGGUUCUCAACCUCCUUCGUCAUCUCGGUGUUUCGCCGGAUGUUGUAGUGGGUCACUCUGCUGGCGAAGUUGUGACCUUUUACGCCAGUGGAUCAAUGACUCAGGAAACUGCCCUUAAGCUUGCGAUAGCGAGAGCUGUCGCUCUGUCAUAUACUGAGGACUCGAGUGAAGAUGCUGGAAUGGUGGCGCUUGGUUGCGGUGCACCACUUGCGUUGGAGAUCAUCAAAGAAAUCAUCGAUGCUUUGCACAACGACUCCCAACAGGUUUUGGAUCUUGCAUGCGAGAACUCCCCAAGCGCGGUAACCCUUUCCGGACAUUCAGCGCUCCUGGAUCGGGUCCUUGAAGUCGCUUCUAUUCGCCAGCUGUUUGCCAGGAAGCUCCAUACGCGCGUUGCAGUGCAUUCGGCUAUCAUGGAGCUUUGUCGAGAACAGUACAAUGAACGAGUUUCAGAUGUGAUCUCAGCCUCAGUCAUCUCAAAGCCCCGUGUCGAGACUUAUUCGACUGUGACCGGGAAAAUACAAACAGAUGGACCCACAGAUCAGUACAUGUGGGACAACACUCGUCUACCUGUACAAUUUUCUUCCGCCAUUGGACUCAUACAUGAAAAACACCCAAAUGCUGUUUACGUUGAGAUCUCACCCCAUCUGGCGCUCACUUCAUACGUCGAAUCAAUGACAGGACGGCCCGUUGUUUGUCCCUUGCGCAGAUCAGGGAAGAAUGAAACAUACCGUGAUGACGAGUCGUAUGUUCUGCUCGAUUGCCUUGGCAGGCUCGCCGUCCAAGGAGUAGCCACGAUCGACUUUACCCGCCUGAGUCCUGCGAACAUUCAAGGCGAUUCAUCUAUUCUGACCUAUCCUUUCUCUCGUAAACCUAUCCCUCUCCUAAAAGGAAACUCGGAAGAUCUUGUCAAAGCACGUUAUGGUCCACUCAACUACAGCAACAUGAAGUUGAGCAUUACGGAUCACGCACAAUUGGCAGAGCAUGUCAUCCGUGAAGAGGCUAUUCUACCUGCCACUGGCUAUCUAGAAAUGGCAUUUGAACGGGGUGCUCGACUUCUCUGGGACGUUCGAUUUGACGCUGCUCUACCCAUUCUGCAACAACCCACGUCAUCCGUCCAUUUCCAGCUCGAAGGAACACAUUGGACAGUAGAGAGCAUCCGGUCGCAGGAUCGUUCCUCGCCAGUGACUUCAAGUGACGGAAAGACGGCCAACAUUCGGAAGCACGCGAACGGCCACCUCUCUUGCUCCAGUCAACAACAGUGCGGCCCCCCGCUGGAUAUCCCAACCAUAAGGGAUAGAUGCAAGUCAUCAAACAUCGAUAUCUAUCAUACAAUGAAGUACUUCGCCACGUUCGGUCCCUCAUACCGGCGCAUAGAAAAGCUCUACAUGGGUAAAGAUGAGGGAUUGAUUCUCGUUCGGGGUGGUGAUAGCUCCUUGGGUUCGGCGGGGUAUAUUGUGCACCCGAUCCUACUGGAUGCAUGCCUUCACGGAGCAGUAAACCCGAUUUUCACUCAAAACACCGACACCAAUUCCUAUUAUCUACCAUCGAGUUUGAAGACGGUCCGUGUACAUCGCUCCUCUCUUCAUCAACAAGGGCAUCUGUGGUCGCACAUCAAACUCAAAGAAUGGAAGUACAACGAGCUCGUGUACGACAUUGAUAUUGUGGACGGAGCAGGACAGCGACUGGUAGAAUUACAGGGCUUGGUGGUCAGCCGGCAUGAAAUCACUCCAGCCCUGUCUGGGAGACCACAUCUCGACCUCGCUUACCAACGAUUUGACCUUCCCACCCUCCCAAGCUCUGACGUGGCAGUAGACUUUUCUCACACUCAACUGCCACUGGGAACCGCGAUAGGCCGUGUCUUGGACAGUAUCUCGCGAUUGGGACAAAAACGGGUUGUCCGCGUCCUUUCACUCGGUUCUAGUGCAAUUCUUGAUGAUGCGGAAUCCAUCAUGAGCUCCAACCCCGACGGAUUUCUAGAAUGUUAUUUCGACAGAGCACACAGUUACAGUUUAUCGGCCAAAGGUAACCUCAUGGUUCGAGUCGUGGCUUCACCAGAAACACUACCGCUUCUCUUCGAUCUCAUUGUUGUGGAGGAUACCAGUUACACCCUUUCGGUCAUCUCAGCUAUGUUAAUCCCAGGGGGAAAGGCACUCAUACAGAGAACUAACGCGCAUGCCGAGGAUGACCUCCAGAUAAAAGAACAAAAUUCCCUUCGCCUACAAGCCAUUCAAUCAGCCACAGACACCGUUUUGAUCGAGGCGCAGAAGUCCACACUCUCCAUGCUUAACGAGCCCUCCACAACUUUUGAUAUGCCAGUAAUUACCUUUGAGUUGGGACGGGAGUUGGACAUCAGGGAUCAGAUCCUUCUUCAGGAGGCAUCUGCUGUUCCCAUUUGGAUCCAAGCACAAGAUGAUAUCCACGGAGGCGCUGCACGCGGUUUCUGCCGUUCACUUUCCCGAGAAUUGUCUGUCAAUGUUCGCCUUGUCAUCUUUCAAGGUGAAUGGUCUGUGGAUCGACGAUUGCAGUUCAUAAAAGCUCUCUCCUCGCUACCUGGACUGGACGACGAGGUGGAAGUCCUAGUCAAUCCCAACGGGAGCCUCUAUGUCCCUCGAUUUGUUCCGGCAAGCCUAGCGACUCCGCUUGAUCAGAGGGAAAAACCCAAAUAA